UUUAUUUGGAGCGGUCCAACAUAUGUCGAUACAUGUGCACAAAAAAACUAAGUUCUGCAUGUCAAGUUCAGUCUCAUCAGCACCAAGAAAGACACUCCUCAGCAUGGACACUGAGAAGAACAAACCAGCAAGAAAAAGAGAAAGAAACCUAAAGUUUCGACUACAGUGCAGAUCAUCUCAAGCAUCCAGCACUGAGGGGCUUUGUUUUGAAGAAUUGUCCCAGUGGUCACACUCCCUGGAGAGACUUAUAGCAUCAAAAUAUGGAAUAAAGAUAUUCCAGGCUUUCCUGAAAUCCGAGUUCAGUGAUGAAAACAUGGAGUUUUGGCUAGUAUGCGAGGAAUACAAGAAAAUCAGGUCCCCCUUCAGGAUGACAUCCAAGGCAAAGAAAAUCUUCAAAUGUUACAUUCAGGCCGAGGCACCGAGAGAGAUUAACAUUGAUCACAAGACCAGAGAGCAGAUCAGACGCAGCCUUAAGGCAGGUUGCGCAGGGUGCUUUGAUGAGGCCCAGAGGAUCGUCUACGGGCUAAUGGAGAGGGAUUCUUACCCCCGCUUCCUGAAGUCAGACAUAUACAGGACUUUUCUGGAAUCUGUAUCCAAAUCCGUGGCAAUGUAAGGACCUCCCGUGCCAGGUUUGUUUGGCUGUAGACUGUGAACCCAAAUGCCUGUCUCCCUGAGGGACGCUGAGCAUCCAUGCAGUGGGAGUACUAGGCAAAAGCUAUAAAGUGAUCUUUGUAGUCUGGACUGUAACAUACUGUAAGUAGCAUUUGUGUGGUAAUGCAUAUCAAAAGUACUGGUUUAGAACCAGAUGGGGUGAUAUACUGUACACAAAUGCAUGCAGGAGUUGUCAGACUUUAUAAAAGAUUCCAAGGGUACACACCAGGAACUGCAUAUUCCAAAGACUUUUAACCAAUGAUGCAAGUCUAUACAUUUGCGUUGCCACCUUGAUUGUAUCUCUCUGGUAUGUACACACACCUGUCAUCUGCCAAUCUAAAGAGAAGCGUUGAGUGAAUAAUGUAAUGUUUGCAAAGAUAAUAUUGCUUAUCUUUGAUUUUUCAUUUACAAGCAAUGCUGGGAGAAACGGCGUUAUUGUUACUAACACUGUUGUUGUUUUCCAAUUACUAUUUCAAACGUUGCAACAUUGUGAAAUGUGGCGCGUCAUUAUGCACUGAUAUCUGCAUGAAAUAUCUACUGCACAGGCAAUAGUGUGGAACCUUGGUUAGCAUCAUUAAACCGUUCCAGAAGGUCUGACUCUAACCGAAAUGUACUCUAACCAAAUACAUUUUUCCCAUAAGAAAUAAUGUAAAUCCAAUUAAUCCGUUCCAGAAAGCCAAUACACGCAGAUUUACAAUAAUUUUUUCACAUGCAAAAAACAAUUCUAAAUGCAUAUAAAUACAUAUAAAUGAUGAGUGAAAUUUAUAAAGGAACAUUUUAGGUUACUUUUAUCUUCAUUGAAGAUGUGAUUGUUGUCAAAGACACAAUGUGGCAGCGAGAUCAACACAGACAGACAGAGUUAUUUCUUCAAUUCAAUAUUUUUUUUUGCCUCAAGUCUCUGCUGUUCUUAUUGAUCACGGUUGCAAAAUAAAUGGAGCCAAAGAAAAAGAAGGUGAACAACACUAUUAAAUUCAAGAAAACUCACUGCCACAUGGUGCCUUUGGCGAUAAUCACCUCCUUAAUGAAGGUAAACGGAAACUUAAAUGUCAUGCCUUUCAUUCGGCAUUUAUAUGCAUUCAGAAUUGAUUUUGCAUGUAAAACUAUACUUGUUAAACUAUAAACACAUGUUUUCUGUUAACAUUUUUUAGACUUGUGGCAUAACUGUUAGUUAGCAAAGAACUACAGAGUCAAUGCUGAUAUUGAAGAUCACAUCACCAUGACAACAAGGAAAAUGGAUGACACAACCCACAAACAAAGAAUGACGCAGUUGGAAGGAUUACGUUCAUCAACAUUUGACAUCACUACCACGUUGCAAGGGCCUGCUCAACAUGAAAUACUGAAAUUGGGAACCCAUGUAUGUGCAUUCAGUGACAUUCACAACACAACACGAAAGACUGCAGGACAGGAAGACCUAGAAGUGGAUCCAGACAACAGCAAAGGAAAAGGGAUCUUUUUUUGUAACAACUGCUUUUUAUUACACAGAGGAGGGAACGUUAAAUUAUAUAUUGAUCCACAAGCCUUAACUCUACCAUAACACAGCAUUUGUAAUACAUCCUGAUCAUUUUUGUACGUUAUUUAAGAUUUGUUAAAUAGUUCAUGUUGAUAACAGGAAGUGAACACAUGUAUUAGCAGUUGAUGUGAAACAAAGCGGGAGUAGGAUUAAAUAAGCUCUGCUUCUUCCUACUCCUUUUCGCACAUGUGGAAUUGUGAAUUGUAACAAAGUAUUCCAAUGUAAAUUGAAUGCACGCUCAAAAUAAACAUACCGUACACCGGCGACAGAGCUGACUUACGGUUUCUGCAAGCUAAUUGACUGCUAACAGGGAUGUUUUGUGAUAAAAAGACAUUAUGAACACAGUUGGACUCACGCAGUGUAUUAAUAAUAGGAGACAAGUUGCGCCAUAUUUUACACUAACUGGAAAAUGUACGCAAACAAAAUUUGGCCGUGAAUUUUCAACGUUAACCUAAAAAGGAUGUACGCCAAACGAGGUUCCACUGUAGCUAGUCAACAAGACUAGCUAGUCAACGAGAGUAAACACUGCCCCCUAGCUUUUUUUCACAGAGAAUUGCAAAUCCCGAUCCCAGCCGCAGCCCUAUUCUCAUGAAACAUUCAAGAUUAAAGAUUCAAGAGUUUUAUUGUCAUAUGCAUGGUAAAACAGGCAGUUAUACUAUGCAAUGAAAUUCUUAUUCUGUUCAUUCUCCCAAGAAAAAAAAGAAAACACAAGAAAGAAUAAGAACAUAAGAAACAUAUAUACCAAUAAAUUAAGCAACAACAACAGAAGAGACAUUAAUACAAAUAAAUAAUACAAAUAAAUAAAUAAAUAAAUAAAAGUGCUAUGAGUGUGUGCGUGUGUUGCGUGCGGUGUGUGUGAGUGCUUCGGUGAGAAGCCUGAUGGCCUGUGGGUAAAAGCUGUCACACUGCAAAGCUAAAUCCAAAUUCUUUUAGAUAUUUGUUGUUUUUUCAAAAAAGUAACACAAAAAUUAGUUUCCCUUGUAAUGACAUUUAUGCAGGAUUAUUUCUGUUACUAAUUCAAUAACUUUUUUGGGAAAGUACUCAGUAACAUUUUACUUUUUUGAAGUAAUUUGCCCAUCACUGUUUACAAAGCUGCUUAUAACUGUUGUUUGCUGUGGUGUAGAACUGCACCGCAUUUUACUGAAAGAUGUUUACAAUAUUUUUCCUACAUUAUUUGAUGAGUUGGUUCUCAUCACCCACUCAAGGCAGGUUCUUUGAUGCAUAUCUUGUACUGAAUCCCAU